CAAAAGUUAAACCCGUUAAAACAGCAGAGAUUUUUCAUUGGGUAAGCAAUCGAACACAACAAAACAAGAAGAUUGACAAACGAUUACAGUACGCCUGAAACCCGAAAAACAGAUUGAUAUCUGUUUUCUGACUUGUGUUUAUUAGCCAUCUGCAUCAUAUAUAAAACUUAAGAAAUAUGUUAAACUUGCAAGCUUAUGCCAGUAAUAGCAGCGGCACCAGUAGCAGUGAGGAAUCUGAUCAGGAGGAUGCUAAAAGAAAAUGUACGCGACCAAAAGAAGAAGAACUAGCCCAUCUGAAACCAGUGGUAGACAGUUCUCUAUCUGUUGCCAAAACUGUGCAAAUUUGCGCAGCUCCAGUAGUAAUACCAACGGGACAAGCGGAAGUGGCACGGGUGGUUGCUCCUACUGUUGAUGAAUUAUCCUAUAACCCACGGUACGAGGAACUUUUCGCCCCUAUUGCUGGACCGGCUAAUCCUUUUUUAACUGAACAAAUGAAGGCACCAAAAAACACUUUGACUGGAUUCGUCGAGUCUGCCCAUAUAAGUGACUUUCAGUUUGAAAACCAGCGAAAAACUUUUCAUAGUUAUGGCUAUGCCCUGGAUCCAUCCGUUGAUGCCAAUAACGGCGGUGGAGCUGAAGAAGGUCCAAGUUAUGUAGGCCAUUUGCAAGCAGCUUAUGACACAGAAGGUAAGACUGUGUUCGAGUCAUCUAAAGCGAAUCGUGUUGGAGAUAAAAGAAAACGACUGAAAAACGAUAAUCCGGAAGACGUUGAAGGAUUCCUAGGUCCCUGGGGUAAAUUUGAGGAUGAACAAACAGUAGCUCGACCUACAGAGCAAGAACGCGCAGAGCUGGAAGAAAUGAUGGCGAAAAAGCAACAUCGAAAUCGCGUUACUGAAGACAAACCGAUUGAAGAGAAGUCGGUGCUGCACAUUAAGGACUCGGUCGAUUAUCAAGGUCGUUCGUUUCUUCAUCCGCCACAUGAUGUGGGUGUUAAUUUACGCAAAAGUGGCGCCCCAGAUCGAUGUUUUCUACCGAAAGCUCACAUCCAUACAUGGACUGGUCACACCAAAGGCAUUUCUGCGAUUCGGUGGUUUCCAAAAUCAGCCCAUUUAUUGCUAUCGUGCAGUAUGGAUGCCCGAGUCAAACUGUGGGAAGUGUAUAAUGAACGGCGCUGUGUUCGGACGUAUUCUGGUCAUAGACAGGCCGUUCGGGACGUCAGUUUCAACAACAGAGGUGACAAAUUUGUGUCGGCUGGAUACGAUCGCUAUUUGAAACUAUGGGACACUGAGACUGGGGAUGUCAUUUCCCGUUUCAGCUCACGGAAAAUUCCGUUCUGUGUAAAGUUUCACCCGGACUUCAACAAACAGCAUCUGUUUGUUGCCGGAACAUCCGAUAAGAAAAUUAUUUGCUGGGAUACCCGCAGUGGAGACAUUGUUCAGGAGUACGAUCGGCAUUUAGGUGCUGUUAACACGAUUACAUUUGUGGACGAGAACCGUCGCUUUGUGACCACCUCAGAUGAUAAGAGCCUGCGCGUGUGGGAAUGGGACAUUCCAGUGGAUAUGAAGUACAUCGCCGAUCCCACAAUGCACUCGAUGCCAGCGGUUACGCUCUCGCCCAAUGGGAAAUGGUUGGCAUGUCAGAGUUUGGAUAACAAAAUUGUUAUCUUUUCUGCUAUCAACCGGUUCAAGAUGAAUCGAAAGAAAUCGUUCACAGGACAUAUGGUAUCUGGAUAUGCCUGUAAUCUUGAUUUUUCGCCUGAUAUGGGUUACCUGGUCUCGGGAGAUGGCGACGGCAAAUGUUACAUAUGGGACUGGAAGACGACAAAGCUUUACAAAAAGUGGCAAGCACAUGAGAACGUCUGUAUUGCGGCUCUGUGGCAUCCGCAUGAAGCCAGUAAAUUAGUUACUGCUGGCUGGGAUGGAGCGAUUAAGUAUUGGGAUUAGCUUGUUAUGUUUUCGUGGAUCCUGAUACGAAUUAUAACUGAUGAUUUUUAAUGUUAAAACCGAUCGUUCAGCCAAGUUUAAUUAUCAGGGAUGACAUCCUACGUAUAAAGAAGUACAUAAUCGACCGUCAGGUUAUGAAGUAGAUGCAGUCGAUGCAGUUGCAAGUUCCAACGUCUAAAACUAAUAUGAGAACACACAUGCUGGGUUUCCGUGUUGGGUAUUUUCGUCACUGCGACCAGUUUUUUGAUAUUUUGUGACAUACAUGCUGGGUUCGUCGA